AACCCCAUCAGAAAAGGGCAUCCAGAUCAGAGAGCUUCUUCUUCUUCUCUCUCUUCCACAUGCACCUCAUCAGUACAGUUCAUCUCUUUAAUUUCUCCAUCCAGUUGCAACUCCUCCUCCCCUCCUCUCUCUAGCUAGCUCUAGCUUCCUCCUCCUCCUCUGCUCCAGCUACUUCCUCAGCUCCGGCCAUGGCGAGGGCGGCGGCGCCAGCUGUGCAGUUUCUGCUGCUGGUGUGCGUGGCGGCGGCGCCGGCGGCGUGGGCGGCCGACGACAACGGGCUGACCAAGUUCAAGGUGUACUUCCACGACGUGGUGGGCGGGCCGAAGCCGACGGCGAUCCGGGUGGCGCAGGCGCCGUCGACGAACGGCUCGUCGACCUUCUUCGGCGCCGUGGUGGCCAUCGACGACCCGCUGACGAGCGCGGCGGCGUCCGGGUCGGCGGAGGUCGGGAGGGCGCAGGGGAGCUACACGUUCGCCGACCAGAAGACCUUCGGCCUGCUGAUGAACAUGAACUUCGUGUUCACCGCCGGCGAGCACAAGGGCAGCAGCCUGGCCAUCGUGGGGCGGAACGAGGUGCUGUCGGCGGUGAGAGAGAUGAGCAUCGUCGGCGGCUCCGGGAAGUUCCGCAUGGCGAAGGGGUACGUGGAGGCCCGCACCGUCGACUCCGGCAGCAACUCCGGCGAGACCAUCGUGGAGUACACCGUCUUCGUGAAGGCGCCAUAGAUGUUCCGGAUUAAUUAAGCGUCGUGUUUGUACGUGGUUAUAAUUAAUUACUCCCCGUUUUUAAACGUUUGACACCGUUGACUUUUUAAUA